UUGUCAAAUUUAGUUAUACCCUGACGUGUCGUUGAAACAAAUAUUGCUGUGGUUUUUCUAAUAUAUCGAUAUGUUUCAUUUAGAAUAAAAAAAUAAAACGUUAGCUAAAAGUUGGAGACACUUAUACAAAAUGGAUUUCCUAAAAAGUGGACUGAAAACGGUUCUAGGGGCACCUGAACCUGGACAACAGCCGUCGGUUGCUGAAACGGUGGAAAGGUUAGUGGAACGAGCAAGUAAUUCUACUUUGCUUGAAGAUCGUAGAGAUGCUUGCAGGGCUUUAAAGGCCAUGUCCAGGAAGUACAGGCUCGAAGUUGGUGCUCAGGGCAUCGAUACAAUGAGACAGAUUUUAGAACUUGACAAAGCUGACAAUGAAACAGUUAAUUAUGCACUGGACACUCUCAACAAUAUCGUGUCACCUAUACCAUUUGAAGAGGAGGAGGACAAGCCUCACAUACCGAUGAACAUUGGUGAUCAAUUCACAGAAAUGUUUAUAAAGGAUCCUCAUAACAUACAAAUACUUUUAGAGCUCUUAGACGAAUACGACUUUAGGGUCCGACUCUCUACUGUACAGCUUUUAAUCUCCCUGUUAACCAAUAGAACGAAAGAUAUACAAGAAAUAAUUCUCGACAAACCCAUGGGUGUAUCAAAAAUGAUGGAUCUUCUAUCAGAUAGUAGAGAAGUGAUCAGAAAUGAGACCCUACUAUUACUUCUCAAAUUGACGAAAGGCAAUGCCAAUAUACAGAAAAUUGUGGCUUUCGAAAACGCUUUCGAUAGACUGUUCGAAAUAUUGAGCAGCGAAGGUUACUCUGAUGGUGGGAUAAUAGUUGAAGAUUGUCUUUUGCUUAUGCUGAAUUUGUUGAAAAAUAACAGCAGCAACAUUAAUUUUUUCAAAGAGGGUAGCUAUAUACAGAAGAUGCUUCCCAUGUUUAACAUCCCUGACAACUCUGAAGAAGCCGGCUGGUCUCCUCAGAAGGUGUCAAAUGUGCACUGCAUGCUGCAACUGGUCCGGUCAUUGGUAUCUCCGAGCAACUCCGCUCAGAUCGUAUCGAACUGUCAAAAGAUUAUGAACAACGUGGGCCUGUUGAAUUCGUUGUGUAAUAUUCUAAUGGCAAGCGGCGUCCCGGCGGAUAUUUUGACGGAAACUAUAAAUACAGUUGGCGAAGUCGUUAGAGGAGACGCGACCAACCAGCAGUUCAUUGGGACAGUGAUCGCGCCCUCGUGCCCGCCGCGACCGGCCAUCAUAGUGCUGCUUAUGUCGAUGGUCAAUGAAAAGCAACCGUUUUCUCUGAGGUGUGCUGUUCUCUACUGCUUCCAAUGCUACCUCUACCGCAACGAAGUCGGUCAAGCGAACCUGGUGCAAACCCUCCUGCCGUCUUCCACGGAUGUGUCCAGCCUUACCAGCGGGCAGAUCCUUUGCGGAGGUCUCUUCUCGUCCGACCUGCUUUCCAAGUGGUUCUCAGCGGUUGCCCUCAAGCACGCUCUCAUCGACAACACGACUCAGAAAGAACAGCUGUUGAGGGUGCUACUCGCUACCAACAUUGGUAGUACACCUGUAUCAUUGUUACACCAGUGCACGUUGUUGCUGCAACAGACUACCAAGUUACAGUCAAAGGUGGCGCUGCUGAUGCUGCUGUCUCAGUGGCUGGCGCAGUGCCCGGCCGCCGUGGCCGCCUUCCUGCGCGCCAGCGGCGCCGUGGCGUGCCUCGUCAACCACACGUGCUGCAACGAGCACGACGACAACGACUGCCUGCUGCAAGGUCUGUCGGCGUUCCUGCUGGCCAUCUGUAUCCACUUCAACGACGACUCGGUCCCGAGCCACUCGAAGGACUCUCUGCGCCAGCUGCUGGUGAAGCGGGUGGGGCUGGAGACGUUCACGACCAAGCUGUCCGAGGUUUCGCGCCACGAGCUCUACAACAAGGCGGCCAAGCACCCCCAGCUGCGGGCCAGCUCGCCCAACGACGUGCUCAUCGACUACGAGUUCUGCAAACUCUUCAAGAGUUUGGAAGGUGUUCUCAUCCAGAGUGUGGUGAUGAAACAGGACAACGGAGCGGACGAAGAGCGGCAGUCGUCCGAAGUGGACCUGCAGCAGUACAAGCAGGUGAUUCGCUUGCAGGACGCGCGUCUCAGCGAGCUGCUGCAACAGCUGGAGGUGCUGGCGGUGCAAGCCGCCUCUCUACAGAGUGCAUUAAACGAUUCUCAAUCAGCCAACUCACUUCUCAAGGACGAGAACACAAUACUCAAAGCCCAAGUAUCUGCUAAUUUGUCGCCACAAUCACAACCAAACCCGGUUCAACCACCAGACCCUAAAAUUGUAGAAUAUGAGGCCAGGAUACAACAGCUUACAGAUCAAGUAACACGGUUGACCACAGAGCUUAAUGUAGCUAAAGAAAGUCAGCAGAAUUCGGCUGAGGAACUGGAGAAAUUAAAAAAGGAUCAAGAAGACCUGUUGGAGUUGGUCGCUGAUCAGGACUCAAAACUUCACGAAUAUCACAAGAAACUAUUAAAAGCUGGCUGUUCUUUCGAGGAUGACAAUGUCAUAGAACCUGGAGAUGAAUCACGUUGAGUUAUCUACUAUGAAGUGUUGCCAGCUAUAAAUAAUGGGUUAUAAAUAUUAUUAAAGCUUAGUGUUUUAAAAUUUACACAUUUUGCUUAAAAUCAUUUUUAAAUUCCAAUAGAUUUAUGUUGAAUAAUUGCCAGGUUAUUGUUGAGAGAUGUUUAUUUUGUUGUUUUAUUACUAGUCUUAAAUAGCCUAUAUUAUCAAAUAAGAUACAUUAAUUAAUU